AUGGCUUCUUGCAUCUUCCUUUUCCUUUUCUCCUUCCUCACUAUCUAUGGAGCUUCUGCUCAAAACCCUAAUUUUCUAUUCCGGUCUUGUCCGAAUACGACAAAAUAUUCAAGGAACAGUACUUACUUAACUAAUCUCAGAACCCUUUUGUCCUCUCUCCCCUCCCGAAACGCUUCAUACACCAUUGGAUUCCAAAACACAUCGGCAGGACAAGCCCCCAACAGGGUCUACGGACUUUUCCUCUGUCGAGGAGACAUCUCUCCGGAAGUAUGUCGUAACUGCGUAGCCUUUUCCGUAAACGAAACGUUAACACUGUGUCCGAGUGGGAAAGAAGCCGUUAUCUAUUACGACGAGUGUAUGCUUAGAUACUCUCACAAGAAUAUUUUCUCUAUUAUUACAUACGAGGGAGGGCUUAUCAUGCUGAACGCCAAUAAUAUUUCAUCUAAUCAAGCAGACCGUUUUGAAGAAUUGGUGUCGUCCACAAUGAACCAAGCUGCGUCCGAAGCGGCGAACAAUUCUAGAAAAUUCUUUACAAUAAAGGCCAACUUUACCACACUCCAGAGUUUAGAUUUUAGCAAAAGAUCUUUGAUACGCAGGGAAAGGCUGGAAUUCGAAGCAGAAGAUGAGAUAACAACUAUAGAGUCGCUGCAACUUGAUUAUAGAACAAUUCAAGCUGCAACAAAUAAUUAUUCAGAAAAUAAUAAGAUUGGCCGAGGAGGAUUCGGUGCAGUUUACAAGGGUACAUUUUCGAAUGGGACUGAAGUUGCAGUGAAGAGAUUAUCAAAAUCAUCAGGACAAGGUGACACAGAGUUCAAGAACGAGGUUGUUGUUGUUGCUAAACUUCAACACAAAAACUUAGUUAGGCUUCUCGGAUUUUCUCUAAAUCGUGAAGAAAGGAUAUUGGUCUACGAGUAUGUGCCUAACAAAAGCCUUGAUUGCUUCCUCUUUGACCCUGCAAAGCAAAGCCAACUCAACUGGACUCGACGAUACACGAUCAUUGGAGGAAUUGCUCGGGGGAUUCUAUAUCUUCAUCAAGAUUCACGACUCACAAUCAUACACCGUGACCUUAAAGUGAGUAACAUACUUCUUGAUGCGGAGAUGAAUCCAAAAAUUGCUGAUUUUGGAAUGGCAAGAUUCUUUGGAAUUGACCAAACCCAGGAGAACACAAGCAGAAUAGUUGGUACCUAUGGUUACAUGUCCCCCGAAUAUGCAAUGCAUGGCCAUUUCUCAAUGAAAUCAGAUGUCUAUAGUUUUGGAGUGUUAGUUCUUGAGAUUAUAAGUGGUAAGAAGAACAGCAAAUUCUACGAGAUAGACGGUGCACAUGACUUGGUCACAUACGUUUGGAGGCUUUGGACUAACGGAACAACGUUAGACAUUGUGGAUCCAGCUAUUGUAGUGCCUCGACAACCAGGGUUUUUCCUUGAGAGUAGGCCCCAAAAAGACCCGCUUGAUACAGAUCAAUCAGGGGCAGGCAAAUCUGUUCCAGGGUCUUUUGACGAUGCUUCAGUCACUGAGUUAUCUCCUCGUUGA